AUGGAGUUGCUGGUGCCGGUGCCAUGGCAGUCGCUGUCGACGCACCGCACAGAUGGAGUCUCUAUGGGCGGUGAUCGAUUGAAGCUUGGCCAAUUCCGCACCGGAGCGCUUCAUCACCGCGUGGUCGUCUCUCAUCGCAAACAGAGAACUACACUACGUGGAGGCCGACACAAGUUGAUAGAUUUAAAAUUUGAGAACGGAAUGGAUUAUUCCAAGGGAGAGUAUGCUAAAGCAAUAGAGAAAUCUUUUAGUUUUCUGUCUGAAAGUUCUUUCAGCUCAUCACCAUGGUCAUCUACAAGUUCUGAAGCAAGCUUAUCAUCUCUGUCUUCAUUUUCAUCUGAUGACUUUUCUGGUUAUGAUAGCUCAUCUUUAUUGUCCCCAAUGCAUCCAGAAAUGACUGUGAAUGGGAAAGUAACUCUCAAAGACAAAUAUUCAGUUACUGUUGUAUAUGACAAUCAAUUCUUUGCACUCCGAAAAAAGUGUUGCCCAUCCGAGCUUGCAUAUAUUACUUCUUUAAGCCGCUGCAAGAAGUGGAAUGCUCAAGGUGGAAAGAGCAAGGCCUAUUUUGUAAAGACAACAGAUGACAGGUUCAUCAUUAAGCAAAUCAAUAAAACAGAGUUUGAGUCAUUUAUUAAAUUUGCACCUGAUUACUUUAAGCAUGUUUACCAUUCUCUGGACACUGGAAGCCAAACUUGUCUCGCCAAAAUAUUAGGAAUCUAUCAGGUUAAGCAAAUUAAGCAUGGCAAAGAGGUAAAGAUUGACUUGAUGGUUAUGGAAAAUCUUCUCUUUGGCCACAAUAUUUCACGAAUUUAUGACCUCAAAGGUGCUAUUUUUUCGCGACGCGUCACUGACUCAAACGAUCAUGAUACUGUUUACCUAGAUCAAAAUUAUGUUGAGGACAUGAGCUUUUCUCCAAUCUAUAUUGGUGGAAGAACAAAGCAUCUUUUGCAGCGUGCAAUCUGGAAUGACACGUCUUUCCUCACUUCGGUGAAUGUUAUGGACUAUUCUCUACUUGUGGGAGUGGACAAAGAGAAGCAUGAACUUGUGUUUGGCAUCAUUGAUUAUCUGAGGCAAUAUACUUAGGACAAACAACUGGAGACAUGGGUGAAGACUUCUCUGGUAGUACCCAAAAAUGUUUUACCAACUGUAAUUUCCCCCAAGGAAUACAAAAAAAGGUUUAGGAAGUUCAUGGCGAAGUACUUUCUGUCAGUUCCAGACACAUGGAGUCUUGAUAAUCCGUCUAAGCCAUGCAAAUCCCUUGGUCAGAGCAAUCGCAAGUUGGCGGAAGUCCAGAUUGGUGAUAACCUGUCAGAGCACCCAAAUGAAGUUGAGGGGUGUGCCUAAUCAUGUGCAAGAUUUCCUGGCAAUUUUGUUGAACCCUAUCAUGUUGUUGUUUGGCUAUAUUUCACUUUGUAAAAUGGUGUACAUAGGAGGACCUUGCGGUUUUUAGGCAAAUUGUUGGGCAAGUGAGGUCCACAUGACGUGUACCUAUACAAAUGUUCAUUGUUGAUUUCACAAUUAUUAUAGUGAAAUUAAGAAUUCAUAUGAUCAUUUUUUUGGACCUA